AUCGAUACCACUAACGCGCUAACGCGACGCGUUCGUGCUUCGAACGCAUCAUCCUUUUCUUACCCAACCCCAUCCGUCCAAAACCACUUCACUCGACAUCUCCAAACCUUCGAUCAAACACGUUCUUCCUACUUCAACACCCGAAACUACAUAUACUAUAAUCACGAUGAUGCUCACAAGCUCCUUCCACACGCCACCAAUGUCCCACUACGGAGCCUAUACGCCACCCAAAUCCUCACCACUGUCACCAUUAUCCGGACGCUCUGCAAAUGCAACACAACGACUCUUCGACUUUAGUAUGCCGAGCGAGAACAAGUCGCCGGUACCGCAACGCGCUUUCAAGCCAAACCCGGUGAUUCAGACACGCGAUGCGGCGACUAAGAGGAGGAGGGAUAUGUUCUUCAAGCGGGUGCAGAGCAGUCGCGAGGACAAGAAGUGGGAGGCGCGAGGAGAACAGAUUCAACAACUAGAUUUCGUCAAAGAGCGCAGGAGGUGGGAGGCGGAGAAGGCGCGUCAAGCACCCGUUGAGGAUGGCGAUGUCGAUGAAGAAUCUUGGGAUGAUGCGACGUCACUUCCGUCAAAUGAUGCGCUGCCCCACAAUCCCGAGAUGAAUGAGGCGGAGUACAUGCUCGCGCAGGAGGAGUACGAAUUACAGCAGUUGGUCGCGUCGAUGGAGUACGAGCAAGAGACAGCUUCACAGCAUUUCGGGAGCGACGACGAAGAUUACGACUCGAUAUUCAUGGAAUGUGCGACGGCAAAUCACCAACUCCAGCAACAAUCGCAACUCUCGAGUACCAAUUUCCACGAGACGGACGCGAUGGACAUGGAUAUGACGGACGGCUAGACGUCACGCACACGUUCGCUGUAUAAUUAUUUUUUCAUGGCUCAGCUCUGUGUAUACUGUCCCAAUAUGUUGUUGGAACCAGCCACUUGCGAAUUAGCCAGCGAAGUUGAACGGGAGACAUAUACAUUGUGGGUAUCUGGAAGAGUCAAGGGACGUUGGCUACUGUGCAAGAAACUACUGUGUCGGGCAUCCCUGGUCCAUAUCCUGGAGUACUUCUUGCGCAGCAUGCAUAUCGCCUACCAAGUCUGGCGGCGGAGAACCUGCGGCUUGCAUCUAGAUUGUGUCAGUCAUGUUAUCCAACACGGGGCCGUCAUAUAGAAGUAGUACAUACCUUCUGCAUCCUCUCCACAAUAUAUUCUCUGUCCUUCGGAUCCCCAUCACU